CCUCUCCCUUGCUCAAUCUCAACCAUUGUUUGUCUUGCCUUGGGAUCUCUAGCUGUUUCCAAGUUAGAGAUGUCUCUGAAAUAUGGAUUUAGUUUCACCAUAGGAGCAUUCUUUCUUGUGCUGGCAUCCAUCUCAGAGAGCUCCCAUGCAGCAAGGAUAGUUGUUGGAGACUCCCAGCACUGGCGAUUUGGCUUCAAUUACACUGAUUGGGCUCUGAAAAAGGCGCCCUUCUACCAACAUGAUACUCUAGUGUUCAUGUAUGAUCCUCCCAGCAAUACCACAUUCCCACACAGUGUGUACUUAAUGAAGAAUCUUCGAAGCUAUCUGGCGUGCGAUUUCAAGAAGGCGAAGCUGGUUGGGAAUGUCAUGCAAGGAGGGGGGAAUGGGUUACGGUUUGUGCUGAAGAAGAGGAAGCCUCACUACUUUGCCUGUGGGGAGAGCAAUGGUGUGCACUGUAAGUUUGGACUCAUGAAGUUCUCCGUGCUUCCAAUACGAUCUUGCCAUGCUUGAAGGAUUCCAGGGAAGACGCGGUGCUCUUUAGAGUUGUAAUAAAACAUCUUCAAUCAAAGUAUUUGGUUGUAGAAAGCCAUCAAUAUUGUCAACCUUGAUCUGUUCAAAAAACGUUUAUUGUUAUAAGAAAACAGUAUAUUAUUUUAUGACUGGA